CACGACAGAAUCACUAAGAAACUCAUGACGCUGUUCCGUUAACUCAGAGAAGUUCCUGAAAGUUAAGUGGCUUCCUACAGAGUGCCUGGCAAGGAACAGAACAGGCUGCCUCAUCUAGCCCCUCCCUCCAGACUUUCUGUUUCCCGCUGGCUUGGACGAGUUCAGUCAUCCAGUGGCAGCAGUGGCGGUAACAUUGGAGAGCUUGCUGCGGAAGGAACAGGGAGUGUUUCCAGACAACUGGAGAGGACACGGUCUCCUAAGGCCUGCUGUCCCACCGGCUGGCCAUGCUGAGCUGCCCUUUGGUGCCCACUAUCCCUACCCUCAGGCUGUUCAGCACCCUGCUCCUGGUGGUCUCCCUGAAUGCUCAGAACAAAAGCUGGGACAGACCUAUCUGCACCGAGGGCAUCGUGUCUGUGCCUAGAGGCAAUCCUGCAGUGAUGACCUGUAACAUCUCUAACACCUUCACCGACGUCACCAUCCAACUGUCUGCCCAUGGAAAGGACAGGAUCAUCUUCAAUAAAAAGCCCCAAGGAAGCUUCUCUUGGUUUGGGUGGGAACUCCGAGUUCAAGGGGGACAGGCACAGCUUGUGAUCAAAGACACUCAAGACAACCACACAGGGUUAUACUUGUGGCAGCUGCAUGGACGACAGAGAUAUUACAGAAACAUCACCCUGAAUAUCUCAGAGCCUUCAAACGAGGACAAAGGCAUGGACAGGAGGUUCUUCACAUCCUUCCCAGAUCCAGCCCAGAGUUCUCAACUAGAAGGCAAGCCUGGGACCAUUGUGGGAGUGAUCACUGUCAUCUUCGUCUUGGGAGUCGCCGGAUUCAUUACAUUUAUCCACUACAGGCACCGUCAUUCCAGAAGCCCCAGAGGGAAUGUACCCCAGUGCCUGACUUGAGGAACAGAGGUUCCAAGUCUGUGGCCAGUGGAAGCUGAUGAGAGCUGCAGGCAGAGUUGAUUCCAGAGUGAGGCUACCGGCAUGGGUUUAAUAUCUUCUUAGCCCUUGGAGGCCUCUGAAACCCCAGACACCAUGGAACCAUCAUUCCUCGCUUGGCAGAGCAGAAGACUUUGUUCAGUUUGCUAGGCACAAAAAAGUUUUCCCUGAGGGUAGUGGAACCCUUGGUUCUGUGCAGAAGAGGGGUCAGUGACUCACUGAAGAAGGACCUUAGAAGCUGGAAAACAGUUUAGGCAUCUUUUGGUCAUAUGAACUAGAAUAAGCCUCCUGAACCCCAUCAGUCAUCUGAUCUGCUCCUCAACUCUUCCUCAAAUUGUGAAUUCCCAAGCUGCACAGCUCUUGGUGCUCAGCAUGGGAUCCUUUUCUUCUGUAAACCUCUGAGGUCAGCGUCUCUCUACCACCCAGAGAAAGUUACCACUCCAUAGUAAGCCUGGUGUAAACCUCUGAGGUCAGGGUCUCUCUACUACCCAAAGAUCUCCAGUAUAAACCUGAUGCUGCACCAAGAUUUGCCUCAAGUAGAACUUGGGGACAUACCUGUUUUCUGACUCAAAACAGAAACAAGGUUGGGAAAGCCAAAUAUCAGGUUCCAGGGGCUAAAAUAGGACUUUAAGAUGAAUCAUCUCCCCACACAAGCCCCUGCAAGGCAGAGUGCCGACAGGAACAGGGGUCUAUAAAAGGGUAUAGGGUUGGUUGGCAGGCAUUAUUCUCCUGAGGAUGACAGAGAGUCCUGGGAUUCCCUGAGGGCCUCUCUUCAGCAGACUUCCCCUCCUCCCCCCCUGCCCCUCCCCCCCCCACAGCCCCAACUCCCUGAUUCAU